UUUAAACAUAUCAGCGCCAUAUUUGAUCAAUGGUAAACACUCCAAAAUGUGAAACAUUAAAGCAGUCGAUUGAUUUCUAUUUUAGCGUCAAGAGGUUCACUUCCUGACUUAGUACACACAGUCAUGGGGAGGAGGGGAGAGAGAACGGUGAAGACUUAUGGUCGACAUCGACAGCGUGUCAUCUCUUCGGAUGUGUGGAACAAUGCAGUGAGCAAGAAUUCAAAAGAGGUUGACAAGAAUGUGUUCAGUACAAGUUCCAGUAUGGACUCGCUGUCAAUGUCUCACAACAGUACAGACGAUUCAGUGUUCCAGCUUCAGAAACCAAGGAACAGCAACAAGAAUAAAGAAAACCAACAACAAGUACAGAAGAGAUGGAACCUAAGGAAGCUGGACUCCAGUGGAGGGGGGAGCACCUCUAGUACAUGUAGUGAAGGGUUGUUCCACAGUAGUUCACGCCCUCGUAGGGCACUUCGAGAUCGCAGCAAUGUAAAGGGAAAUGAAGUGAAGGCUAACGGGAAACGAAAGCGAGGCCAGAUAUCUGCCCUUCAUCACUACAGUCUGUCAAAGAAUGCUUCUGCCUCAUCAUCUGUGCCCUCUCUCUACAACUUCAGUGACUUUGACGACUACAGUCUUGUGAUAUCUGGUACCCCAGGUCAGGUAAACGGGAAAAACUCGUUUGAGAAUAGUCCUGCAUUUUGUUCUCCUUGUCAUCUUAGGUCGGGUAAGAAACUGCAGAUAGAGACCAGUACACCCUUUGCCAAGAGGUUUAACCCAGGUAGUCCUAUUGUGGAGAAAAUGGAGGACAAAGAUCUGUCUCAUAUUGACAUUUUUGAUAGCCCAAUUGUUAAUCUUAUUGGGGACAAUUCGCUAGAAUCCAAGGAGAGGUCAGGUACAGACUUAGACAAACUGGGUAUCUCCAGCAUAGUGGAAGGCUCACAGAUAUUGUCCUCAUCAUCCAUUCACCAAGUUUCAAACUUGGAGAGUUUAACAAAGUCUUGUGAUUCUAGUGCAGGGAAAAGUCCCAUUGAUAAUUGUGUGGUUGAGUUAGUGAGACUACGAGAAAGUUUUAUGUCCAUGCAUGUGUCAACUCGGAGUAGUACGCGAGGUAAAAGCUUAGAUCAAGUGGUAAACAACUCACAGAGUCUUUUCAGUGAUAUCAGCUUACACACAGAUGAAAGUUCUACAGACGAUAAUAACAAUGAGAACAGCGAUGAACAUGAGACAUCUGAAGAUGAUGAGAUUGUUCUUAGUGAUAUAGAGGAAAACGAGGAAUCAGAAGAGGAAAGUGAAGAAAUCGAUGAUGACGAGGAUGAUGAGGACAGUAGUAUUUCUCCCAAAAGUUCACAUGAUAACUCAACACACUAUAUGUUGGCUGAGGAUGUUGAAGAAAGUGAGGAAAACGUUCUUGAUGAUAUUGAAGAGGAAGGUGAUGAUGAGGAGGAGGACAGUGAGGAAGAAGAAAAUGAGUCAUCUAAUUCCUCCUAUAAUACAGCUGACAGUGAGUCAGAGGAUCCAUCUUAUCACACGGCUGAUACCACCAACACCACUCCUCUGCUCAGUCGGGGGUGCUUGAGACGGAAAGAAAAGGAUAAAACACAGGAUUUGAACGGAUCAAUUUUUGAUGUGUUAACUCCUAAAAAAUGUAAGAAGCCUGUCGUCGAGGAAUCACCUAGGACGAAGGUCUACCAGGUGUGUCAGCAGAAAUCAUCGAUAUCUUUUAGGACAUGUAUACCAGAUAGAAUGAUGUCAGUCUGCACUAAAGUGGGAGAGGGAGUUUACGGAGAGGUGUUUAGGACACAAAACAAGGGCGAGUCGGUCGCCAUAAAGGUAAUUCCUAUAGAAGGAUGUUUUCCUGUGAAUGAUGAACCACAGAAAACCUUUGGUGAAAUGCUACCCGAGAUUGUCAUAUCCAAAGAACUUAGUUCCUUACGUUCACUGAAGGAAUCUUUUACUCCGAACUUCUGUCAAGUAAAUAGAGUGUCAUGUGUUCAGGGCCAGUAUCCAGCCAAGCUACUGAAGGAGUGGACUGUGUUCGAUAAAAAAGGCCAAUCACAGAAUGACAAACCAGAUGUGUUUGAUGAUGAACAACUGUUUAUUGUGUUUGAGUUUGCUGAUGGUGGCCGGGACAUAGAAUCAUGUCAGUUCCAGAAUAUCUCUGAAGCAAAAAGUGCCCUUGCCCAAGUGGCGUUUUCGCUAGCAGUUGCAGAAGAAGCACUGGAAUUUGAGCAUCGGGACUUACAUUGGGGAAACGUUUUGGUGAAGAGGACUGAGGUACCGGAGAUCCACUACAGAUUGAUGGGCCAAGACUACAGUAUACCCUCCUGUAAAGUGGAGGCAUGUCUCAUAGACUUUACUCUCUCUAGGCUCAGAAAAGAUGGAUGUGUGGUGUACAAUGAUCUAUCUAAAGAUGAGACUCUAUUUGAUGGUUCGGGUGAUCUACAGUUUGACAUCUACAGGCAGAUGAAGGAAAAAAAUGGGAAUGAUUGGGAACCAUUCCACCCACACACAAACAUCCUUUGGUUGCAUUAUCUAGCGGACAAGUUGGUGCGGUCAAAGCGAUAUGUGCGCAACUCGCGUGAGGAUAAGAGCAUAUUGCGAGAGUUCAGGAACUUUCUGAAGGACAUUUUGGAUUAUAACAGUGCCUGUGAACUUGUAACCUGUAAUGAUUUUCUCAAAUCCUGAUAUAUCGUGUAAUGUGUGGAUGUGGACAGUGAUGUGAGAUGUUCCAGGAUUGUAUGUGUACAGUUGUGUGAGGCCCUUGUGCUUUAGGAUUAGGUGUGUACAGUUGUGUGGGAGAAAUUUGCUGGAAAGAAUAAUUUUAUUUCACUUUAAAGAUCUUUUAAGCAUGACAACUAUUUUACAUUAAAUUCCACAAAUGGAUUGAUACUUUGGUGAAAACAUAUGUACAAUGGUAUUGGAUCAGGGUCUUGCUUCAGGAGUUCCCUUGAAGAUAAUAUUUUGAUUGGAAAUACCUGCUCAUUUACACAAUUCAGAAAAUUUGUUUGUUUGCUAGGUUUAUUGCCCUGUUAACAGCCAGAGUCUCCUUGUACUAGUUGUAGUAGUUGGUGACUACCUCAAUGAAUAACAUAUGGGAGGUCUGUCACUUGCCAUCCAAAACAAUUAGGGUAAAGUGUCUUGCCCAAGGACACAACCAUGAUCGCAGCCUCAUUCAAUUCUGAAGAAGUUAUUUAAACAUUUUAACAGAUUGUAACCUUACUUCACAUUAUUUUUAGAAUGAAAUUCUUAGCCUAUAAACCAAAAUUAAGCAGCAGAUUUGAUUGUUUUAAGACAUGUGGGCUAUUCCUGUAAACUGUAUUGGGGAGAAUUCCAGGAAUGAAGAAACUAUAUGCUAGGUGUAUGUGGGAGAAAAAGUGGCAUUUUAAUAUCACUUAUUUGGAUGGUUCCUGGUUUAAAUAACAAACCUGCAGUCCUCGGGCUGGGUAAUAAAUUUCACUGAAAUAACCUCGAGUUAUAUUUGGGAUCAUCAUUGUCAAAAUAAUAAGGCAAUUUUGAGCUUACUUUUUUAAGUAUCAUUUGCAAGAACUUUGUUUCUUAUAUUUAUAUCUGUUGCAACUUCAAAAUAUGUUGGUUAAACAUGACUUUAGCUAUUGAUGGAUGUUUGACUAUGUAUAAACAAUUCAACAUUUUUGGUCUUCAAAUUGAAGCAAUUGCUGGAGAGUGAUUUGACAGGUUGACAUAUCCCUACCUUAAAUCACUUUUUUGAUUUCCCUCUCGUGUUAAAUUAAUAUCAUGGUAAUCAGCCCUUUGAAGAGAACCUUAUGGAUCAUGUCUAGAAUUAAACAGUUACUCUGUUGUCUAUAAUGAGACCUGAGAAAGAUACAUUGUCCUGUAAAAUCAUAAGUAGAGAUAUCCAAGAAGGGUUUCUCCCAUACCAUAUAUGUAGAGGCCCCUUUCCUUUUGCCUGAUAAUGAUGCAAAGAUGUCAAUAGUAUGAUGAGUAUAUGAUUAGGAUCUCAUUUAUUAAAAUCUUUUGUUGAAAAUUUCAUCAGUAUUUUUAUGUUUGUAUGUAUGUGUAAUUACAAUGACUGCCAUUUCAUUUCAUUUGGAUUCCAUUAAUAGGAAGAUUUGAACUUUUGAUAAUAUUUAAAUGUUAAAGUACAUUGUAAAUAAUCUCCAAAAUAUCUAUCUGACUUUUGAAAGACACACAAAAAUGUCCAGUUUGAUUUUAAAUUUGAAUAUUUUUUUCAAAAAUAUGGUACAGUAGAAACCUAUCUAUGGGUUAUGUUCUUGUUAUAUUUUCAGUGCAACCCCCUGGAUUUCCGAGUUCUUACUUUCAUUUAUUGAAUAUGAAAUUGACAGCAUUGGUAGUCAUGUAAUCAAUUUAUUUAUGACAAAUGUGGAUGUUUAUUUUUAAAAUAGGUUUUCAAUUUACCAUGUAUUUGCAUUUUACUUGUCAGAAAAAAACAUUUUACCCAAAUUUGAGUGCUGGUAAUCGUUCAUAUUAUGAAAGGCUGGUAUGUUGUUUAUACAACUUGACUUCAAAUUUAUCUAUACCUUAAUCUGCUAAUUUAUCAUUUACCAAAUAUUUAUGUUGCCUGAUGAUGAUUUACAUUUAACUUGAUAUCGAUAGGAAUUGUAGAUGAGGUGUAAAAAAUAAAUUAAAUAAAAGAUUUAUAGCAAUA